AUGAAGGGAGAUUCGGACCCUAUUAGGCUAGAAUGUUCCUGUGAUAUGGAGUCAUCCAUGGUGAUUUUGUUUUAUUCUUAUGGUGCUGUACCUGAUCCCGCUUCGUUGGCAAAGGAGCAUUUAGCCUGGGAAAAGGAAGGAUUGACGGGCAAAGUAAGAAUAGCUUCAGAGGGUAUCAAUGGUACAUUGGCAGGCAAUCGAGACUCCAUCCAAGCUUACAUUGACUGGCUCCUCACUAUGCCGUGCAUGGAAACACAUCGAAACAAAGAUCAAAAGGACUUUUUUAAGCCUUCGCGAGGUUGUCGACAUGUGUUUGUCGACCUGUCUGUCAAACUUGUAGAAGAAAUCUGCCCCUUAGGACGGCCUGAACAAGUGACAUUAGAGCAACUUAGCCAACCAAGACACGCAAAAGCUAAACUGAGCCCAGAAUCAUUCCACGAACAGCUAAAAAGAGAAGAUGUGGUGUUGUUGGAUACGCGUAACUAUUAUGAGAGUCGAAUUGGUCAUUUUGAAGGAGCCAUUAAACCUGCCAUCCGCAAAUUUAGUCGAUUCCCCGACUAUGUGGAUAGAAACAAAGAGAGCUUGGAAGGAAAGACUAUACUUACUUAUUGUACUGGUGGUAUUCGAUGCGAAAAGGCGACUGCCUACAUGCGACAAGCACUUUCUGAUGAGACUGAUAUUAUGAUGCUAGACGGUGGAAUUCAUAACUAUCUAGAAUGGUGGGGAAAACAGUCCAAAGAAAAAAAACCACUUUGGCAAGGCAAAAACUAUGUUUUUGAUGCACGACAAGGUUUGGGUGUGCCAGUAGCAACAGCGGAAGAGGCAAAAGUUAGCCAUUGCAGCAUUUGCCAAGUGCCGUGGGAUACAUAUCUCAAGUGUGGUACUGAUGGAGUAUGUGGCUGCGAACGAAAGAGACGUCUAGAAGAAAUGUCUCUUUUGGCUCUUUAA